UGCUGCUUGCUGUAUGCAAUGUGCAGACCAGGAGGGCAACUUAUAUCGAUUGGUUGGUAGAAGGCAGGACAGACAGAAUGAAGGUUGAGAAAAUGCCCUUAAAUCCACGCUGGAUCGACUCCUUGAUUCUCAGAAUCUGUUCGUGUCUUCUUUCCAUACACCUGGUUUGUGCCAGUACUGUACUUCCCACCUCUAGAGGCUGCGAGGCAUGCCUUCCGUUCCCGAACCGAUUGCCAUUAUUGGCACGGGCUGCCGCUUCCCAGGCUCAACUUCUUCCCCUUCCAAGCUCUGGGACCUUCUUCACUCUCCUCGCAACCUCUCCACCAAGACCCCCAGCGAUCGCUUCAACCACGAUGCUUUCUAUCACCCAGAGAUCCAUCACGGUACGGGGAACGCCCCCGAAUCCUACUUCCUGUCCGAGAAUAUCCAGCAAUUCGACGCUUCCUUCUUCAAUAUCUCCCCCACCGAAGCCGAGGCCAUGGAUCCUCAGCAACGGCUACUGCUGGAGGUAGUCCACGAGUCCCUGGAGCGAGCAGGACUACGCAUAGAGACUCUGCAGGACUCAGACACGGGCGUCUUCUGCGGCCUGAUGAACACAGAUUACUGCAAUAUUAUCACGAAUGACUGGGACAAUAUCCCGACCUACACUUCCUCUGGAGGGGCUGCUUCUAUGCUAUCUAACCGCAUCUCCUUCUUCUUUGACUGGCAUGGCCCCUCCAUCACCAUUGAUACCGCCUGUUCGUCGAGUCUGGUUGCCAUGCAUCAGGCGGUGGAUGCGUUGAGAAAGGGCGAUUGUCCUGUCGCCGUCGUGGCUGCGAGUAACCUGAUCCUCAGCCCGCGGGAGUAUAUCGCCGCCUCCAAAUUGCGGCUGCUGUCACCGACGGGUCGGUGUCGAAUGUGGGAUCGGGAUGCCGAUGGGUAUGCCCGGGGAGAGGGCAUUGCUGCGGUGGUCUUGAAGCGGCUGAGCGAUGCAAUACGGGAUGGUGAUCCCGUAGAGAGCAUCGUGCGUGCGACGGGGGUCAACGCGGAUGGCCGCAGUAUGAGUCUGACCAUGCCCUCGUGGACGGCCCAGUCGAGGUUGAUUCAGUCCACCUAUGCCAGCGCUGGCCUGGACCCUAAGAGUCGUCCGGAGGAUCGGUGUCAGUACUUCGAAGCCCAUGGAACUGGGACCCAGGCUGGCGAUCCUCAGGAGGCAACGGCAAUAUACGAUGCCCUGUUCGAGGGUAGAUCCCGACCUAAGAACCCUCUGUAUGUGGGCUCUAUCAAGACGGUCAUCGGUCAUACGGAGAGCGUGGCGGGUCUGGCUGGCGUUAUUAAGGCAUCCCUCUGCGUCCAGCAUGGUGUCAUUUCCCCGAACAUGCACUUCAACCGCAUCAACUCCAGCAUCGCACCCUACACUACUCAUCUGCGAGUGCCUACUGAAGCGGUACCAUGGCCUACUCUCGCUCCCGGCGUUCCGCGGCGAGUCUCGGUCAACUCCUUUGGGUUCGGCGGCACAAAUGCACAUGUCAUUCUCGAGAGCUAUGCCGCUCCGAUGCCAUAUCUGCCAAAUACACUCUUACCCCCGUCAUUGCCACUCGUCUUCUCCGCAGCCACAGAGAAGUCUUUGACACACCUACUUCACCGACACAUUGAAUACAUACGAGAACACCGUGAGACCGACCUCAUUACCUUAGCAGAGUCUUUGAUGCAUCACCGGUCUCUUAUGAGCCAUCGUCUCACCCUGACAGCAUCCUCACUCGGCGAUCUUGAGACCAAGCUCCAGGCAGAGCUCGAACAUCGUAGCUCAGUUGAGACCACCGCCAAGCACCGAGCGAUUUCCCAGGGAGUUUUUGGAAUAUUCACUGGCCAGGGUGCACAGUACCCGCAGAUGUUCUGGGACCUCAUAUCUCGAAGCUCCCAAGCCCUACAAUGGUUAGAAGAGCUGCAAGAAUCACUGGCCUCCCUUCCGCCGCAAUAUCGCCCUGACUUCUCGCUAGCACAAGAACUUUCGGCCCCUAUAGAUACCUCUCGGAUUCAUGAGGCCCUAGUAUCACAAACCCUACGAGCUGCCAUUCAAAUCAUUCAGGUCAAUCUGCUCCGCGUGUUGGGAGUAGGUUUUUCUGCUGUUGUUGGACAUUCCUCCGGCGAAAUCGCCGCAGCCUACGCAGCUGGCGUAGUCUCAGCAUCGGAUGCAAUUAGGUUAGCAUAUUUGCGAGGCUGGGUGACUUAUCAAAGCAUGGGUCGGGGUGGACAGCCGGGGGCAAUGCUAGCGGUUGCGAUGUCCCGGAAGGAUGCAGUUGCCCUCUGUGAAGAUGGUGGAUUCAGCGGUCGAAUUGUGGUGGCGGCCAGCAACUCUCCCACGAGUGUGACUUUUUCAGGUAAUGCGGAUGCAUUGCAAGACCUGGAAUGGAUCUUGCAGAGCUUGAGCAUUAAAGCACGUUCUUUGAAAGUCGAUGCGGCUUACCAUUCCCCCCAUAUGGUGCCUUGUGCUGAGUCUUAUCUCUGUGCUGUCAGAGCCUGCGAUAUCAGGUAUCGACCGCCCAAUGUGCCGUGGUACUCCAGUGUAUACAGUGCAAGGCGCCUCGAGGGGCAUGAUGUGUGUCAUGAAUACUGGGCAGAAAAUAUGCUUCGUCCUGUUCUGUUUUGCGAGGCUGUUCAAACUGUGUUUUCUAGCCUUGCGAGUUCGACUAUGUUGGUGGAGGUGGGCCCGCAUCCAACGCUUCAGGGUCCGGUUUUGCAGACCCUGUCUGACCUUCAGCAAACUGACACCAAGCUGCCGUCUUAUGUCAGUCUCGCUCAUCGGGAUAGCGGUAGUUUCGACUCUAUCGCCAACGCCAUCGCGCUCUUCUGGGAUCAUCAGUUACCAGGCCUCGACACUCGAAAACUUCUCAAACUGUUCGACCUUAAUUAUGACUGCGGAUUCUUGAAAGAUCUACCAACCUACCCGUUCGAUCAUACACGUUCUUACUGGGCUACGUCACGCUUGAUCAACGCCCGUUUGCACCGUGCUGACCCACCCCAUUAUCUGCUGGGGGCACUUAGUCCCGAGACCGCGGAGAAUGAAUGGCGAUGGAGGAACUUCCUCAGUCGGACAGAGCUGGUAUGGUUGAAUGAUCAUAAAGUGCAAUCUCAGACUAUCUUUCCUGCCACAGGCUACAUUGUGAUGAUGCUCGAGGCGUCCCUAGUAAUGACUCAAGGACAGUGUUUGCGCUUGUUGGAGAUCAAUGAAAUGCACAUCAAGCGCGCCAUUAACAUUCCAGAUAACCCCCAAGGUAUUGAAGUCAUCUUCAAGGUCGAACAGGAGUCCAUGAAGGAUCAUAAGAUUCUGGGCACCUUUACCUGUUAUGCUAGUAUCGGAGGAAGUUUGAAGGUCUGCGCUUCGGGGAGAACCACGCUCUCUCUGGGCGAAACAGACGCAAUGGCGCUGCCUCCACGACGAAUGCCAACGCCAUUCACAAGACCGUUGGACAUCGACAAUCUCUAUGCCGGCUUGGAGAAUUUUGGUUUGGAAUACCGUGGUGCGUUUCGUGGCCUCAAAGCUGUUGCCCGCCAAUCGAAUGGGUCGACAGGUGUCGUCUCCUGCAAUGACACAUCAUCAUCAACUCUGCAUCCAGCGGUCAUGGACUCUAGUCUUCAUGUACUGCUGGCUGCUGUAAAGCUACAGACACCAAGUGUGCCUGUACAUUUAGAGCGCGUUAUCAUGAACCCAUUACUCUGCCGAGCAAACUCGUUGAACGAAAGCAGAGAUCUGAUUGUCGAUACUGUUCUUCUUGAGGAUACGGUCGACGGAGCGAAGGCGGAUAUCCACACCUACAAUUGCGAGGGUCAAGGUGUCUUUCUCAUCGAAGGGUUUCAGGUCGCUCCGCUCGCCGUCCCUGAUGAUCGCAACAUCUUCUCUGAGAUCAUCUGGGGACCGCUUGUGCCUCAUGCGGUGCCAAGCAAGACUGGCGCAGACUCAGAGACCGAAUCGAACUUGUAUUGUGCGGAGCAGUGUGCUCUGCUUUACAUAAAGGAUGCCUGGGAGAAGCUGACAGCCCGGGACUAUGCGCGGAUGGAUCCUGAUUGUGGAGGUGUGAUAAAGUGGAUGGAAAGGGUCUUACAUAUGACUCGUGAUGGCACUCAUCCCAUCUAUCAGCCUGAGUGGUUGGAUGCCACCACCGACGAAGUGCUGGAGAUUACAGAUGUAACAAGCCCAGGUUGGCACACCUUGCGGAUGGCUGGCGAGAACUUGUCCAGCAUGCUGCAGGAAGCCUUUACCCCUCAAUCGCUCCGUCACGGCAAUGAUGACUUCGAAUCUAGAAGGUUGUAUCUAGAUCCUUUUGAGAGCGACUCGAGCAGCUCGGAGCUUGCAACCUUUGUUGAGCAGCUGGUUUUUCGCUUUCCUCAAGCGAAAAUCCUAGAGCUUAAUGCAGGAAGUGGAUCAACAGCAAGAUCCGUGCUCAAUAAGAUUGGCAGCUCUUACCAAUCAUACACCAUUACAGACACAUCAGCAAUUCGGCUCUCAGCGGCAUAUGAGAUGCUCGGUGGCGAUGAUAACACCAAACUGAUCUUGCAACGACUCGAUGUUGAAGAGAACUUGGUUGAACAAGGCUUUGGGAAUGAAAGCUAUGAUAUAAUCGUCGCUGCUAACGCUCUGUCCCAAACCCAGAGGCUUCGUGAGACUAUGGUGAAUGUCCGGCGCUUGCUCAAACCUGGUGGUUAUCUAGUUGUGCGGGAAGGAACUAACCUCGAUAUCAGUCGUGUUAUGCUGGCACAUUGUGGCACUGAAAAGUGGUGGCAUGAUGACGGCGCCAUUCGCCAGUGGUGUCCAAUUUUGAGUAUCCAGGAUUGGGAGAAGCUGCUUCAGCAGACUGGUUUCGGUGGUUUCGAGGCAAUCUCACCAGCCAAUGAACUUGAGUUUUAUUCGACAUUUGUCUCGCAAGCUACCGAUGAGGCAAUCAUGCUUCAGCGUAACCCAUGGACGUUCUCAGGCCGCCUUAACAACGAUGUUUGGAUUGUUGGUGGUGCAACAAACGCAACUGCGAGUCUUGUAUAUGGGCUCGAGACGCUUUUGGCUCGCUUUUUCUAUCGUGUGGCCGUUGCAUCGACACUGGAGGUGCUGGAUCAGCAAGACCUAUCCAGAUCACAUGUCCUAGUCUUGACGGAUCUCGAUUUUUCUUGUUGCAAAGACUUUACAGAAGAGCGUCUGGGUGGACUUAAGGCGCUAAUGAAUCAUGCCAACAGGCUCCUCUGGGUGACUGCCGGACACGAGAGCCAGGAUCCAUACUGGGCGAUGGCCAAAGGCAUCAUAAACUGCGUUGCAUACGAGAACCCGCAGCUCCUCUGCCAAUACCUGAAUGUUCCUGACCGAGCUGAGAUUACUGCACCGGGAUUAGCUACGAUCUUCCUGCGACUGUCUCAUGCCACUAAAGACAAUGACUUCACGCUGUCAGAUCGCGUGCAUAGCAUUGAGCCGGAGCUAAGGCUCGUCAAUGGCAGACUGCAAAUUCCGCGAUUUCAUCUUAGCGACGCAAUGAAUACUCGGUACAUAGCUGGUCAGCGCAGAGUGAACGGGUAUGCCAAUUUGCAUCAAUCAGUGGUCCAAAUCAUUCCGCCUUCAAAUCGGCGUCGAGAAUUCGUUUUGUGGGAGAGAGUAGGCAGCAAGGGUGACGGCUGUCGAGAUACCUCUCAUCGGCGCUGGCUUGAUGUGAGCUAUUCCACAUUGAACGCUUAUCAUGUGGAAGGUGCUGGAUACCUCUAUUUAAUGAUAGGCCGCGAUACGAGUGACCAGACACGUUGGUUUGCCCUAUCAUCGCAGCAAGCUUCGUUGAUCUCCGUGCCUCUGAGUUGUUGCUUCCGGAUGCCGGAGCAUCUCCCAGAAGCUGUGGGGCCCCCAUUUCUGGACAGGAUGGCUGCAGCAAUCAUGGCCAUUGCUGUACUGAGCUCCGGAAUACCUGACACGUCGGUACUGAUUCAUGGGCUUGAGUCGAGGGGCAGAUUGAAACAAGAAGCGUUCACGGCUCUGGGUGCUGCGCGAGAAAUGCAAGUCUAUUUCACCACCAACGAUUUGGCUGCAUCAUCGGAAAAGCACUCGUUGUACAUUCAUAAUAAUGAAUCAGUGCGCUCUCUUGCACGCAUUUUGCCUUCUGAUCUGUCUAUCAUUGCUCAACUUGAAGAAAGCAAGCCUGACUUGUUCUCUCGAAUCGCAGCCGUUGUCUCGGAGGAUGUUGCUGAAGUUAAGCUGACAAACGUAUGUCGAACAUCUUCGAGCAUCACGAGGCACAGCAAUCCAGUUGCUACGAGCAAGACGUUCCUGAGCGCAUAUGGGUUUGCUUUGCAGGCAUUUGAGGCAAACGAAGCGAUUGAUCUGGUUUCUAUUCGUGACAUACACGGCAUGCAUACAGAUCUUUCUCGUCAAGCAAUCGUGGAUUGGACUAUGCAUGAUCAAAUCCCAGUCGAAAUUCAGACGGCAAGUUCGGCGGUAAGACUAUCACCAGACAAAACAUAUCUCCUUGUUGGGAUGACUGGGAGUCUGGGUCAAUCGGUCUGUCGAUGGAUGAUUCAUCGAGGUGCGCGGUGUGUGGUCAUGAGCAGCAGAUUCCCCAAGGUUGACCCUCUUUGGGUUGGGGAAAUGGCGAGCUUGGGGGCUCGCGUAGUUCCACUCACAAUGGACGUCACAAGUCGCGCAUCAGUGACUUCUGCAUACGACACUCUUUCUGCCCAGUUACCACCGGUAGGGGGGGUCAUUAAUGGCGCGAUGAUACUCAAGGACCAGAUAUUCGCCAAUACCAACCUUUCAGAUUUUCAAUCAGUACUCAGUCCCAAGGUGCAAGGAAGUCUUCUUCUUGAUGAGGUAUUUGGCCACCUCGACCUGGACUUUUUCAUCCUUUUUGGGUCAGCCGCCGGACCGAUGGGCAACAUCGGCCAGGCAGCCUACUCAGCAGCCACUCACUUCAUGUCUGCGCUUAUCCAGCGGCGACGCGAGCAGAAUCAAGUGGGAAGCAUCAUCCACCCGGCAUCGAUCGAGGGAGUCGGCUAUCUUGCCCGAGCGGGUCUUGCUCUGCAUGACAUCCUUGAGAAAACAAUGGGAAGUAGCAGCUCACAACUGUCUGAAAAUGAUCUGCAUGAACUCCUGGCGGAGGCGAUACUUGCUGGACGGAUUAAAGAGGGCAGAAAUGCAGAUAUUAUCGCCGGAUACGAGUUUGUGAAUGCCGCCAAAAGUCCUGACACACUAUGGUUCCGGAACCCAAGGGCAUGGGGCUUCAUUGAUCAGAGUGGACGCCCCUCUGGAACAUGUGUCCGUAACGACAACGUGGAGAUGAAAGUACAGUUGAAGGCAGCCAAUGGCAUCGAAGACGCAAUAGAUAUUAUUACUGCGGGUUUCAUCGAAGAGAUUCGUAUGAGGCUGCGUCUUCCCGAUGAGGAUUGCGUGACUCCUGGCAGUGUGCUGAGCGAGAUGGGGGUGGACUCGUUGAUGGCCAUUGGGUUGCGGCAGUGGUUUGUGAAGGAGGUCGGGGUUGAAAUUCCGAUGCUGCGAUUUCUAGGCGGGUCAUCUAUUGGAGAGCUGGCUGGUGUUGCUGCGGUACGACUUGCUGAAGAUAAUGUCUUCAAGGGCGAGGAGGUUUACUUGAAUAAGGGCGAUGAGGCUGUUUUGGAGUCGCAGACGGAGCAAGAGACGAGUCUGGUUGAUUGGGAAUCAGGUGAGUCCGGACUCAGCAUGUCCUUGUGA